UUAGUAAUGUUUUAUUUAAUAUCAUCAUGUUAGGUUUCCCAUUUAAACGAUUGCUUUUUGUUAAUCUGACAGGUUAAAUGUAUUUUCAUAACAUGUUUCAAUUAAGUAGGCCAAAAACAAUAUUUAACACAGGAAAAUUACAGUAAUUCAACACAGUUCUUUACAACCACUUUACUUAAUUUAUUUGAGUUGAGAGUAUAUAAAUGAUUUUAUUUGUGCUACUAAGGAUUUUUCGUUGCAAUUAUCAAAUUGGUAGACUUGUUUAUGUUCAAUGCUCUUUAAUAUUUAUAUUGAAAACGGUUUCUGGUAUGUUAGUGUUUUGGGGGUUACUAUUGGCAAGGGCUGAGGAUUCGUUAAACAUAACUUAAAAUUAUUUAAAAUGAUUUGUGCAUGCCAUGGAUGUAACAAAACUUGUUUGGCAUAGCCAGAAGAGUUUUUUUUAUGAUUGUACCCUUUAUAUUUUGGAUAAAUUACACUUCUUGGCAAUAAUUGUAAAGAACACCAAGUUGGAAAGAAGAUGUUGAAUGUAAUUACCGAAUAAACUCAUCAAUGAAACUGGAUUAUGAACCUUAUGCAUAGCGUAGCCUAUAACAAACAAGAAGUAUAGAAAACAUCCAGGCUCUGUUGAAAAGUAGUACUUUUAAAGAGGGUAUAUUAUUUUACAAACAAUUAUAAAAUCCUUUUUCACUGACUUUACAAUAAUCAAAAACACUCUUCUAUAUUAAUAUAUAUUCUAUUUCAACUUAAGAAGAGACCAAGGCCAUAUCGAUAUGCUAAAUUUACUGGAAACUGAACACCAAAAUUAACACGUGACUGCAACACAAUAGAACUGUGAGGUUUAAAAAUAAAAAUCAAAUGUUUAUUCCCUAAAGUGAAAUAUAAUAUUAUAGCUAAUACUAUAGUUAACUAUAGGUAACAAAGCUUGAGAUUGUUAUUUCUGGAUACAAAUCAACUAAAUAUCUAUUUUUCAAUUUUUCUGUUUCAUGUUUUUUUCAACAAGUUCUUUUAUUUUCUCAAGUGUAGCUUUUGCAUUCUCAUAGUUAGCCUUCGCUGACUUGUACAUGGCGUCACACACUGAAUCAGCGUCUUCUGCUGCUUUCCAUCCGGUGAUUCCUCCUCCAACAGCUCCUGCAACAGCUGCAGCUCCGAGAACUCCUGUGAUCACAGCUGUGCUAACCCCUACGCCUCCAGCUGCUGCUCCUGCUUCUGCAGUGCCUCCUGCAACCGCUGCGCCCAUCUCCGCUGCCACUGCUCCACCAGCCGCUGCUCCACCAGCCGCUGCUCCACCAGCCGCUGCUCCACCAGCCACUGCUCCACCAGCCGCUGCUCCACCAGCCACUGCUCCACCAGCCGCUGCUCCACCAGCCACUGCUCCACCAGCCGCUGCUCCACCAGCCGCUGCUCCACCAGCCACUGCUCCACCAGCCGCUGCUCCACCAGCCACUGCUCCACCAGCCACUGCUCCACCAGCCGCUGCUCCACCAGCCACUGCUCCACCAGCCGCUGCUCCACCAGCCACUGCUCCACCAGCCACUGCUCCACCAGCCGCUGCUCCACCAGCCGCUGCUCCACCAGCCGCUGCUCCUACUACUUUGACUACCAUGGAUUUGCAAAAUGUUUUGGUCCUUUCAGAAUUGAAAGUACUAGAACAACUGCUCCCAGAAGAGCACCGAUCAAAACUCCUGUUGAUGCUCCUACUACUUGCUUCAUGAUUUGUUCAUGAACAGUUUUCUUUGCUUCUUCUCGAUUGCCUCCGUUUAUUUUCAUCACCUCUUGAAUUUUUUCUUGACUGUAUGAAGGAGCUUAUUGCUGUAGCGUCCAUUUUCUUCCACCAUCUUGUCUAUGGUCUCCAGCAGACUUUUCACCUGAACUCGGUUGCUCUUGUCUCCUGAACAGUUUUUCCAGUGUUUAUUGUCGAUGACGUGACAGCGAC